UACUUCUGUUGCGGCUUGAGAGAACGAGGGAAGAUAGUCACGUUCACUAGUUUCUCACUGACAAACAUCCCAUUCAGGCUUUUGUUAAACUUGAUUGGUGACGGUGUCUCACGAUGAUCAUCCCCGUCCGGUGCUUCACGUGCGGGAAGAUCGUGGGUAACAAGUGGGAGGCAUACCUUGGCCUACUUCAAGCGGAGUACACUGAAGGUGAUGCCCUUGAUGCCCUGGGCCUGAAGAGAUACUGUUGUCGGCGGAUGCUCCUUUCUCAUGUGGAUCUCAUUGAAAAAUUGUUGAAUUAUGCUCCAUUGGAGAAGUGAUAGUUGCUGGCUACCUGAAAUAAGGACAUGGACUUAAGGGGAUGUGGCAUGGACAGAUGGAAUGCCCUGUUAAAAUAUUAAUGUAACAAGUGGUAACUUUUGGAUCAUUCAUUUGUGCACCUAUUUGAUAAUGAUUUAGUUUUCUAAAUAAAAAGUGUUAAAUGACAUUGUUA